GGUAUUUUUAGGGGACUGCGGCAGCUGCAAAAGCACUUAUCGGUCUUCCACGAACAAUGACACUCAGGGUGUCUAACGGCAGAACGCCACACAGAUUGCGGGGACCACUCUGAAGUUGUAGCUGUUCGGAACGAAAACAGAAGUUCGGCUCCGAAACACAAAGUUGUUCAAGAUUUAAAGAAACAUGUACUGGCAAAGCACGUGGGACACUUGACCUGGAUUUAUUUCACACCGCAUGCCAGAGCGGGGCGUCGGUAGGCCCGGCCGUUGAAGACAAGCAACGUUGAUUACUUAGCUUGAAGACAAUUUCUGCGUGUGCGGAAUGUAUGUUGACGUUGUCGUUCCAGGACUCCGACGCGAGAUACUUGUACUGCGCAGUCCGAGACAGUCCCGCCCCAGCAUUGGCAGUGAGCGACUGAGCUGCUGAGUAGAGGCUGGCCCUGCAGCAGACAUGGACGUGUUUGGCGGAGCGCCCCGCUUCCUGGCCUACCCCAGGCCGGUGGUGGUCCAGAGCGGCACCGACGCCGUUCUGAAGUGCCAGAUCGGCGGAGACCCCCGGCCCGCCGUGAUCUGGGAGAGCAACAACAUUAAGAUCGACACACAGGGGCGGUACCGCGUGUUUGAGGACGGCAACGUCUACAACCUCAUCAUCUCCUCUGUGACAUCCGAGGACAGCGGGCAGUACAUCUGCAAGGCCAAGAACAGUAUCGGGGAGACGUAUGCGGCCGCCACGCUCAAGGUGGAGGGCGAGGCCCAGGAGCUGGAGGUCAGGGAGGAGAACAAGCCUCGUUUCCUCAUCAAGCCCCUCUCCACCCGUGUGGGCCGCGGGGACGAUGCUGUCUUCUCCUGCAAGCUGUGGGGGAACCCGAGGCCCGACGUGGUCUGGGAGAAGGACGGACGGAAGCUCCACGAGAUCUUCGAGAGCACGCACUUCAGCGUGGGGUGCCAGGACGGCGGCUGGUUCCAGUUGAAGAUCUUCAAGACGCGUGCCCCCGACGGCGGGGUGUACACGUGCAAGGCCCGGAAUGAGUUUGGCGAGGGGCUGGCGGGUGCAGUGUUGCUGGUGGAUGCCGGCCCGGGGCAGGGGGACGAUGGGAAUCGAAACGGGUACAACAACAGCCACUGGAAGGCCCAACAGGGCAAACAGAGGAGUGGCAGGCUGAUGUCCAAUAGACUCAGAGACGACGGCAUGACUAAGUCCACCAAAGUAAAGAUGUUUGCGGUGACUGAGGGCAAGCAUGCCAAGUUUCGCUGCUUUGUGACGGGAAAACCCAAACCGGAGAUUAUAUGGAGGAAGGACGGUCGGCUCAUUCUCUCGGGGAGACGCUACUUGUGCUAUGAGGAUAGAGAGGGAUAUUUCACUCUGAAGGUGCUGUACUGUAAGCAGAAGGACAAUGGAGUUUAUGUUUGCGCUGCGUCCAACACUGCGGGACAAACACUCAGCGCUGUACAUUUGACUGUGAAAGAGCCUCCGGUGAGGUUCAAGCAGCCGCUGAUCGACCUGGAGGUGUGGGAGAGGGACCUGGCCGUGCUGGAGUGCGAGGUCCCUGAGGAUUCGGUCCCCAUCACCUGGUACCUGGAAGACCGCCGGCUCCAGCCCGGUGCGAAGUACGGCAUGGAGGAAUGGGGCACCAAGAGGCGGCUCACCAUCCGAGACAUCGGCGUGGACGACGACGGGAUCUACCUCUGUGAGAUGCCCGACGGGGGCCGGAGCAUCGCGGAGGUGGCUGUGAAAGGCACUAUUGUCCGGAAACUGCCGAGGAAGGUGGAUGUCCUGGAGGGAGAAAACGCUGCAUUUUGUGUUGAGGUGGAGGAGGAGGAGAUGGACAUCCACUGGUAUAAGGAGGGAGUGGAAUUGCGAGAGACGCACCAGACCAUCCUCAAAUCAUUCGGUCGCACUCAUAUCCUGGUAUUCGUCAACACCAAUCCUCAGGAUUCUGGACUGGUCAUGUUCUUCGUGGGCAGGUCCAAAACUUCGUCUCAGCUCAGAGUGAAAGCUGCCAAACACUCCCCUCCAAGCUGUCCUGUGAGCGUUCAGAUCAACACAGAGCGAGCCAAUGCCGCUCUGCUCUCUUGGGUUCCCGCCCAGGACUCACGAAAGAACCCCCCGUCAGGCUAUGUCCUAGAGCGGCAGGAGGUGGGGACGGGCUCCCAGGAGUGGCUCCAGUGUCUGACCACAGACUCCGCCACCUCCGUAGAGAUCCUAGGGGACAGCGUUCCCUGCGAGGCAGACUACCGCUUCCGAAUCUGCAGCGUCAACAAGUACGGAAAGAGCAACAACGUGGAGUUUCCCCGAGCGGUUCACUUAGUCCCUGUGGCCAGGAUACAGGCUCCUCUGCAGGAUGCCUUGGUGCCAGAGGGGCAGGACGCCUGCUUCACCAUCGAGCUCUCUGCCUCAGUGAUCGGCACGUGGUUCUUGAACGGCACUCAGCUGCAGGACGACGAACGAUACACAACGAGGCGGUCUCGAACGCACCAGUCGCUACGCAUCAGGGGUGUACGAGAAACAGACAACGGGGCUGAAAUCACAUUCAUAGCAUACGGCAUUAGGGAUUCUGCCGCAUUAUACAUUCAAGCUCCUCUGGUGAAGUUCUCCCCACUAUCAGAAAUGGACCGUAAUAAGUUUAUAGAAGAGGGGAACCCUAUUGUGCUGUACUGUGAGCUGUCAGACCCUGCGGCCCCAGUGCACUGGUACAAGAAUGGGGUGGAGCUACAAACAACCGAGGGCCUUCACAUCCAAUCAGAAGGCACAAUGAGGCGGAUUGUCAUCCAAUCUGCAGAGUUUUCACACUCUGGAGUCUAUUGCUGCGACGCCAUCGAUGAUGUCAUCAGAUUCAAUGUGGAAGUAGAGGCCCCGCCUGUGAAGUUCACACCACUCCCAGACGAGAAGAGAGAAAGGGCCAUCCAUACUGGCUCCCGGAUGGAGCUCCAGUGUGAGCUCUCAGACCUUUCAGCCACAGUGCACUGGUACAAGGAUGGCUCCAAGCUCCUGCCUCAGAGCGGAGUAGAGAUGCUCAGUGAUGGCUUGUCUCGGAUGUUGGUAGUCGACGUGGCAGACUUUAUUCACUCUGGGUUAUACAGCUGCAAGACUAAAGGUGAUGCCAUCACGUUCAACGUGGACGUCACAGUGCCACCAGUGAAGUUCUCAGCGAUUCCAGAACCACUAAGGAAUAAGACCAUUGAGGCCGGCUGCCCCAUUGUACUGCAGUGUGUGGUCUCGGACCCAGAGGCCCAGGUCUGCUGGUAUAAGGGUCCAACGCAGCUUCUUUCAAACGCUGAAUUAGAAAUCCAAUCGGAAGGCCACACAAGGUCUUUAGUUAUCCAGUUCGCCGAACCUGGACAUUCUGGUGUUUACAGCUGCGCCUCCGAGGACGAUACCAUGGAGUUUCGAGUGGAGAUCAGAGCUAUACCGGUGAAGUUCUCGACUAGUUUUGAUGUUGAGCAAACCAAGGCGUUUGAAGUGGGUGCGGCAUUUGAACUGGAGUGCGAGGUCACCGAGCCAACCGCUGAGGUGUGCUGGUACAAAGAUGGCCACCAGCUCUGCCCACAGAAUGGCUGGGACAUUAACUCUGACAGCUCCUUUAGGAGGCUCAUUGUCCAAUCAGCUGAGCUAUUUCAUGCGGGGCGGUACAGCUGUGAGACCUCUGAUGACACUAUCCAGUUCACUGUGGAUGUCAAAGUGCAUCCGGUAACUUUCGUAAACAGCCCAGAGGAGGAGCGUUUCAAAAGCGUUGUGGAGCAGGACCAGCUGGUUCUAGCAUGCGAGGUGUCACAGGCAGACGCCCCGGUCCAGUGGUACAUGGAUGGAGUAGAACUCCAAACGUGUGACAACGUUACAAUGAGAUCAGCUGACACAGCCAGAACUCUGAGUAUCCGUAGCGCCCGGCUAUCGGACACGGGGACGUACACGUGCAGAGCUGGAGACAGCGCUUUAAUCUUCAAGGUUAACAUACGAGAGCCCCCGGUGACGAUAGUUUACCCCAAAGAAGACGUCCAUCUAGACCGCCAUGUGCCAGAGGAAAUCAUACUUAGCUGUGAGCUGUCGCGCCCAAACGGUGUGGUUAACUGGUACAAGGAUGGCCAGAAGUUGCAGGAGAGUGAAAACAUCAAGCUCAAAGUGGAAGGCCCCUACCGAAGACUUAAGCUAAUUUGCAGUAGAGUUGAGGACUCUGGGGAGUAUGUCUGUGACACAGCAGACGAUUCCAUAUUCUUUCACCUUAAAAUCACAGAACCGCCCGUUCGCAUCGUGUCUCCCAGCCAGUCCCAGAUGGAGCUGUGCCAGCAGACGUCCGAGAGGAUGGUGCUGAGCUGCGAGAUAUCGCGGGCCAACGCGUUGGUGCGCUGGUACCGAGAUGGGCUGGAGGUGGAGGAGAACAAGAACCUGAUCCUGGAGGUGGACGGCAUCUACCGCAGACUCAUCAUCCCCGAGACCAGCGUCCAGGACUCAGCAGAGUAUGUAUGCGACACGGCGGAUGACUCGGUCACGUUCUUCGUUAACAUAGCAGAGCCCCCCGUUCGCUUCAUGCGUCCGAGGAAGAUGGCGAGCGCUGUGGAGAGAUUCGCCGGCGAGGCGAUGGUGCUGGACUGCGAGGUGUCCCGCGCCAACGCUGAGGUCACCUGGAAGAGGAACGGGGAGGAGGUGGAGGACUCAAGAAAGGUGACCAUCCUGGAGGACGUGGUUCUGCGCCAGCUCACCGUCCACUGCCUCAGCCUGGAGGACGCUGGCCAGUACGUCUGCGAUGCAAAGGACGACGUCAUGGACUUCCAAGUCAAGGUCAAAGAGCUUCCUGUUAGAAUCCUGGGAAAGACAGACGCAACCGCUGAAAAGAAGUUCCUGGUGUCCGACGACAUCAUCUUGGUGUGCGAGCUGUCGCAGGCCAACGCGUCCGUCAGCUGGUACAAGGACAGCGUGCUGAUUGACAACGACACACGCUUCUGCUGCGAGGAGCAAGGAGCAUUCCGGUCGCUAGUGGUGCUCAGUGCCGAGCUGGAGGACUCUGGAGAGUAUAGCUGUGAUGCUGGAGACGACAAGAUGUUGUUUUGUAUCACCGUCAAAGAGCCCCCUGUGCAGAUCAUUGGGAACUCCGGAACGCCAGAGCAGCACAUUCUUGUGGCCGGAGAUGACCUUAUCUUGGAGUGCGAGGUCUCGCGCCCCAACUGCCCUGUCCAGUGGCUGUGGAACAGCAAACUGUUGAAAUCUGACGACCGUAUCAAAAUCGACAGCUGUGACGUUGUACGCAGACUGGUUCUCUCUGGGCUCCAACCCUCUGACUCGGGGAAAUACAUCUGCGACGCCAUAGACGACAAAAUGAUCACGUUGGUCGAAGUCCAGCAGCCACCAGUCAAGUUUGUGAACAAGCAGCCAAACAACAACAUCUCUGCCUGUGAAAACGAGUGUGUCUCGCUGUGUGCCAUUGUGAGCCAAGAAAGAGCUAAUGUGCGGUGGCUGAAAGAUGGCCGCCUGCUAAACGAAGACAACGUUCAUAUUUCCAUUGACGGCGCCAACCACAAUCUCACCAUUAACCCCCUGAAGCUCAGCAACGCUGGAGUGUACGUCUGCGAUGCGAACACCGAUGAGAUGAGUUUCACUGUCAUUGUUGAAGAGAUGAAGGCAACAUUUAGCCUUCCUCUGGAGAACAUAACAGGACUAAAGGGCAGCAUGCUUACGUUACGAUGUGAGCUCAGCAAGCCUAAAGGAGAUGUCCAGUGGCUUAAGAACGGCCAGGAGAUCUCCCCAAGCCGCCGACACACAAUAAGGGCACAGGGGCGCGAGAGAAGCUUCGCCAUCCAUCAGCUGGCAGAUGAGGAUGCUGGGGAGUACACCUGCGAGUCCACCGAUGACAGGACCUCCACCGUCGUCACCGUAGAAACCCCUCGUACUGUAGAGUUCAUCGCCGAGCUCCACAACAUCACGGUGCGCGAGGGCGAGGAUGCCACCUUCAAGUGUGUGGUCUCGCCCGAGGACACCCACCUGACGUGGUGCCUCAACGGAGAGCGGGUCCACCAGGACGACAGGUUGACCGUCAUAAGCAACGGUCUCUGUCACACCUUCUGCAUCAAGAAGUGCAGAGUAUCAGACAGCGCCAGGGUGACCGCCGAUGCAGAGGGGCUGGCGGUGUCCCAGGCCAACCUCCAGGUUCAAGAGCAACAGGUGCUCUUCACCAAAAGCAUGGCGCCUCUCACUGCCGAGGAGUUUGGCGAGGCGACGCUGGAGGUGGAAGUGAGCCUGGACUCCGGGGAGGUGCAGUGGAUGAGGCAGGGGGUGCUGCUGCACCCUGGGGCCAAGUACAGCCUGAAACGGAAGGGGCGCAAGCACACCCUUACGGUCCACAAGCUGGCUGUCGCCGACCGGGGCAUCUACAGCUGCGAGUCACUCCACGAUCGCACGCAAGCCCAGCUCACUGUGGAGCCGAGAAAAGUCACCAUCAAUACGGGUUUGAAGGACAUCCGGACCACCGAGAGAGAGACGGCCUCGUUUGAGGUGGUUCUGUCCCACGCCGACGUCCCCGGCUCAUGGCUGAGGAACGGCGUCCAGCUGAAGCCCACCAAACACUGGCGCAUCAGCACCAAAGGUCACGUCCACAGCCUGACAGUGUCCAACCUGGCCGUUGAGGACACCGGCAGCUUCUCCUUCUGCGUGGAGAACCUCAGGACCUCCGCGAGGCUCGUCGUCAGGGAACCACCGGUGAUGUUCCUCAGACAUCUGGAGGACCAGAAGUUUCCAGAAGGUUCAGUGGUGUCGAUUGAAUGUGAACUGUCGCGACACAACGUGGACGUUCGGUGGAUGAAGAAUGGAGCAGAGGUAAAGCCAGGGAAGGACCAGCGUAUCUUUGCAAUGGGGAGAAAACGUUUCCUGCAGAUCAUGAAAGGUGUUGUGGGUGAUUCUGCCCAGUACACAUGUGACGCAGCGGACACCUCUACUUCCUGCACAAUCGAAAUCUAUGAGCGAGAGGUGCUGGUGGUGCAGGGACUACAGGACCAGGACAUCCAGGAGGACCAGAACGCUGUGUUUGUGUGCGAUCUUUCGGUGGAGGACGUCCCAGGGGAGUGGUACAGAAACGGGGACAGGAUCCAACCCACCAGCAGCAUAAAGAUACGUCAGGAAGGGACCAAACAUUUCCUGCUGAUGGUGAACGUGCGAGGAGAGGACUCUGGAGAGAUCAAGUUUGUGGCCAGACAUGUUGAAUCUGUGGCCUCCCUGAAGGUGGAAGAGCUCCCGGUGAACAUCGUGAACCCCCUGCAGGACCAGACGGCGGUGGAGCGCAGCCGCGUGCUGCUGGACUGCACCGUGUCCAACCCGCGCUGCAGCAUCCGCUGGUACAAGGGCCCAACGGUCAUCCUGCCCUCGGAACGCUUCGAGAUCUGCAGCGAGGGCUGCUACCGCAAGCUCAUCAUCCAGCCGGUGGAGCUGCGGGACCAGGGCACCUACAGCGUGCAGGUGGGCGAGUACAGCUGCUCCGCCCACCUCACCGUCGAGGCCCAGUCCGUAGUGAUGGUGAGGCCCCUGGAAGACGUGGAGGUGGGGGCCCCUGGUGACGCCUGCUUCCAGUGUGAGAUCUCCCAUCCGGUGCUGCGGGCCCCGGUGUGGAGCCUGAGGGGGGAGCAGCUGCAGCCCAGCGCCACCGUGUUCCUGGAGAAGAUGGGCCCCAUCCACAGACUGACCCUCAGGGAGACGGCCCCCGACAUGAGCGGGGAGGUGGGCUUCACGCUGGGCCCCACCUGCAGCACCGCCAAGCUCACCGUGCGGCAGGUGAUCCCUGAUUGACAGGGUGUCAUCGCCCAGCUAUAGGAUUAACUUACAGUGCACUGGUUGUUUUGACCUGACAAUAGUCAAGAGAUGCAAACAAACUAAAAAGCAAAUGCAUGCACUCAUACACUAUACUGUAAGGUGCCUUGGUUCCAAAAUGGAUUAUAUUAUAUUAUUAUUGAAAGCUGACUUGAUGGUGUUGAAUAAUGUUGUGAGCGAUGAGGUAUACUAUAUGUGAAUAAAGUCAUCAUUUUUUUAGCUGCAAGCCAUGGCCUAACAACACAUCAACUUUUUAUAAUAGUCGUGAUUUUUCAAACCUCCAUGAAAGUUUGAUGUAGAACAACAAAAUCGAAAAUCUCGAAAAGGGCACCAUUGAAAACCCAACACUAUAGUACAAAGAUUCCAAUAAAAAACCAUUUACCGGUAUAUUGAUGAAAAAGACUUGCAUAUAGAAAGACCUGCCAGUUGAAUACAUGCAAAUUAUGAAUGUUGAAAUAUGUAUGUGAGGUUAUAGGUGCUGUAGUUAAGAUUUGAAAGCUGUAAAGAGAUAGUGGAAAAAAGCUUUAGAAAGAUUUAGAAACUAAACCAAAAAAACACAACCCCUCUCCGCUCCCUUCCUCUCUAUGUUUCUCUUGCAUUAAGGUGUUACUGACCUGUGAGUGAAUGUUAUUUGCAGGCAUGAUGGAUUCCUCGAUACUAUCAUGGACGAAAUACCCAGAAAUUACCCGGGAGCAGUCUGAAAGCGUUCUUGUAAAAGCAGGCACACAGUCACUCACCAACAGCUGACAUAUGGCUAUGGCAUUUCUAACAAGUUCCGCUCAAAUGAUAGCUCUUAAGUCUUACCUACAGUACCAUUAGUCCGUUAAUCUGUUAAAAUAAAAUGCAGAUGAUUUAAAUUAAUUCAAGGUUUACAUGAGAUACAUAUAUCAAAGUCCAUCAGAUUAUUGUAUGUUUAAUAGUGUGACAAGACUUUCAACUAACUUAAUUGUAAUGAAGAGCCAUCUCAUGUUUGCAAUAGGAAUUGCUACGGUAACACUAACGGCUCUAUACGAACCCUGCAACUCCGAUGUAUCAAUAUAACUGUUUGCGUUUAAUCAUCAAUCAUUGUCGAGGAAUGUAACGAUAACUGGUUCAAAAGAAAAACCAAACCCCAGAAGAUUGGUUUGAAUAACUCUCUAGGUUAAACAAAUGCUUUUGCAUGCCCUCUUAUUGGCUGAUCUGGUAAACCGCUCACCUGCUCCAUAAGAGUUGAUGUGACACACCUGCGAUGAGAUGAUUUCAUGAUAAUAUUUCAGACUGAAAAAAUAAUGUAUGCGGUCAUGGCUUUGGAUAAAAGCAUCCACCUAGUAUACAUCUACAGUAAUAGUCUGCUUUGCUUCCCUUUUUGGCACGGUUCAAGUUUGUUGAAAUAUUUUAAAUACUUUGGCUGUAUUUAAAAGGUCCUUUGAAGUUGAAGUUUAAAGAACUAAAAGAUAAUUUUAAGUGAACCUGACUAGUGACAAUUUAAUCAAUGCAAUUUCCCUUGGGAAUUGAAUGUUGUCCAUUUACCAUCGUCUGACAUUUGUUUAGUUGUUUUGAUGUUGAAGACUGCACAGCUUGCUUUGAAGACGAAGGGUUAGUAAAAUGUAAAUACACUGGGCCAAAACACGGUGGUACUUUUGGUUGAAAGUGAGGAUGAUAUCAAUAGGACGUUGUAUUAAAUGAGUCUUCUGGAUGGGCAUGUGGAACUUAAGGGUGAAUUUGUUGUGUUUUCAUAUGAAGUCUAUUCCAAGUGUAUUUUAUUUUUCAUUUCAUAUGUUGUCUUGGACCCUUUAGUGUCUUUGGAAACAAUUAUGGUAUUGCCAAUUGGCCUCAAUAAAACAUGCUUUAUUGAUACAGGGUACAAAUAUGUUUUGUUUAGUUAUUUUCAAUUUAACAAACCAAUCAAAUAUGUAUUUCACCAGUAUCUUUACUUGGCUGUCAACGUUAAUACUCUUGUUGCAUACAGUAAAAAAAAAAGAGAUUAAAUCGUUAUCUUCAAAAACUAAAGUAGAAAGGGGUUACAAUAGCUUCCUGGCAUUAAAGGUUUUACUUGGUAUCAACAAAAACGUGUUUUCAACAAUGAUGCCGAAAACACCACACACACACACACACACGCACGCACCCAGCGACUCUGGAGUAAAAGUGAAUGGGAGGCCCCAAGAGAGCAACAGGACUCUUCCAUCGGAAUCAGACCGUUAAAAGGACGUGAGCAGUAGCGGACUAGACGCCAUUACAAAACCGAUUCAAGUUUAUAGAUAGGAUGCAUCCCAAGUGUCCAUUAUCCAACCGUCAUCUGUCACUUACCAAACCCUUCUCAUGCAGUACAGUCAUAAAAAACACAUGUUCAUCAAUUUGAGUUACAAAUGGAUUGUCCAUUUUCUAUUCCUUGGUUAAAAUUGGUUUGCCUAUAUAACAUACAAAACAUGACAUUUAUUUCGAAAAAAGAAAAAUCAAUACAAUUGUAUUAUUCAGAUGAAAAUUACAAAGGUCAGAUGGCGAGAGAACUGCAGCCAGUCCAGUCUGCAAGCGGGAAGGUCUGCUACAGAGAUUGUAUUUUGUUGUGAUCCAUUGAGAUCCUACUGCGCUGGUUUUAAGUUUUGUGGACUGUAGGUAAUUUCUGUAAACCAACACCGUACAUCACUAGUUUUAAGGGUCAUGAUACACAACAAGUUGUUGCAGUGUUGCUGGGUUUACCCUAAAACGUAACUGUUGCAGUUAGGUAUAGAGGGUAAAAGUAAACAAGUUUGCAGUAUUAACCGUGUUUUUUUUGUACAACAAGCAAGAGAAAUGAACUCACUUUACACCUCCCUUCAUAUUAAAGGCUUGAAACCAAACAAACUUUAGCUUAAGGUGGCCUUGUCUGCCACAUUUGUUUACAGCAGUUCACAGAAUGCCGAUCUAUAUUCAGGGCGUAUAGUGUUUUGUUCCUUUAGGACACAAUUAUCAAAAUUAUUUUUUUUUUCUGGCAGGAUUAGAUUAGAUUAACAUAUAACUAUAUCUUUAAGGUGUUCAGUAUGGGAAACGUGAUUAAUUAAAUACCUUUGUAGGUUGAGGAUCUGCCAUUUGUGCCUUUGAGUUAAAAGCAUUUUGCACCCACAACGCAUUAGCUGUCCUUAAGUGAUCUUUUAGGUCUUGUGCUCAGUCUUGAAUACAUGUUUCCUUAACAUACAUAACAAAAAGAGGGAAACAAACACUGAUGCAAGAUCGACUGAACCGGAUUCCUAUCAGAUGGAAAGGAUGUCAUUAG